AUGGAGGCUGGCCUGUGGCAUGUGCUGGGUGUUGACUGCGGCAACUUACCGCGGAUGCUACGGCGAAGCCUGCGCACCAUAAAGAAAGCAAUAGCAGCAGGCACGAUGCGAGCAGCGCCACUUCGCAGGAUGGAGGCAGAGUCCUUGCUCAGGCUGCGGGACUACCGUGCAGCAUUCGAGGCUUUCGCGAAGGUUGCACGUUUCGCUUCGGAGGAGGAUCUUCAUGUGGCAACUUUUCGCUUGCGUCACGAUGUGCUGCUUUUGGAGCGCUUGGUCGCAGCUGGCCGCAUCAGUGCAGAUGUUGGUCAUUCGGCAGCUCAACAGCUUGAUCACGCGCUGAGUUCGCUGGUGAGCGAGGGGUGCAUGCAAGGCCAGCUGUGGUGGGCUCGCGUCACCGACCUGCCCAUCGAAGUGCAAGUGUCUCUCCGGAGUGCACUUUACGACCGGCUUGAGUGUGUGUGUCCAACUCCUCGCCAAGAAUACCUUUGGGAGAAUAAGGACCCGCUGAACCCCGAGAUAGACUGGGAUGCCCUUGAGAAGGACUUUCUUGACAACGGUUUGAUCGUUGUCGAUGAUUUCUUCUGUGCCGAAGCUCUUCAGGAGCUGUGGAGGUACUCUAUGGAGGCAACCUGUUUUCGCUCCCUCCGUCCUGGCUAUCUGGGAGCCUUCCCUUGGGAUGGCUGUGUUCAUCCAUUGCUGCGCUGCGCUGCAGAGAGAUUGGAGGAUCGACUGCCUCGCAUCCUGCAUCGCAGACCUCUGGCCAGGUGGUGGCUGUUCAAGUACCUCGACCCGGGGUCGUCCGGCAUCGGAGUUCAUGCCGAUGAAGCGGCUGUGAACUUCAACAUCUGGCUUACGCCAACAAAUGCCUGCAGAGCAGGUGGUGGCUUGGAGAUCUACAGGACCGUUCCAGGGCGGGGAACUUGGACUGCAGACUUCAACUCCGUGCGCAGUGAUGCAGGUCAGGAGCAAGCUUUUCGUGCCGCCAUGAAAAGCGGCGGAGUCGACUAUGUUGCCUACAGGCAAAACCGUGCCUGCGUAUUCGUUUCCGAUCGGUAUCAUGCAUCCGAGCCUUUCGAGUUCCCAGCUGAAAACCCCAGAGUGAAUCUGACACUUCUUUUCGGUGACCGGCACGAAGUUCAGCGGACUCGGAGGUCCUCCAGUUCAUCCAGUCGAUCCGCUGGCAUUGGCACCCGACGCACAAGCUAG